AUGACUGACACAACCACCACUGCUUCCACUUCACCUCGAACUACUGAAACUACUGAAACUACAACAUCACCCGAAUCAACUUCUCCAAAAUUACCAAACAGAAAAUCUAUCCAGGUAUGCAUAAGAUUAGAUGAAAAUCCUCAUGCCGAUAUAAUCCCACCUUCAAGUAAAUCGAUCCAGGAUUUGAAUUCCUUAACUCAAACAUACGAUAAAUCUACUACAAAUUAUCUUUUACAAUCGAAACAUAAUCAAUUAAAUUUAAAGUUUGAACAAAAACCCGCCCAAACUAAAGAAUCCAUAAAUUCCAGUGCAGAGACAUUCAAGAAAACAUUUCAAGAUAUCAAGACUAUAGCUGAUGGAUUUGGAGGAAGUAAUGUCUUUGGACAAACUAUAGAUUGGGAUUUUUGGAGUAACGUGGUAAAUGAUUAUGAUAAUGUCGUUAAUACUCAACUGGAUGAAUUGAACCUAAAGAUAAAUUCAGGUAUACCUAAAGAAUUCAGAGGUAUUAUUUGGCAGUUAGUAUCUAAAUCAAAACAAAAUUCCAUGGAAGAUUUUUAUAGACAAUUAAAAUUGGAAAGUUCCAUACAUGAAAAGGCUAUCAAGAGAGAUUUAACCAGAACAAGUUUUUUCACUCAAGUUGAUGCUGUUAAUAAAAGUGAUGAACUAUUUAAUGUCAUUAAAGCUUAUAGUUUAUAUGAUCCGGAUGUUGGAUAUACUCAAGGGAUGAUUUUCAUUGCCGUACCAUUAAUUAUGAAUAUGAAUGAAUCUGAAUGUUUUUGUUUAUUGGUGACAUUGAUGAAAGAGUACGGUUUAAGAGAGUUGUUUUGUCCAGAAAUGAAAGGUUUGCACGUUUUAUUGUAUGAGUUUGAUCGAUUAUUGGAAAGUUAUUCUCCUGUGUUGUAUAAUCAUUUAGUUAAACAAGGAAUCAAGAGUUCAAUGUAUGCUAGUCAAUGGUUUCUUACAUUCUUUGCUUAUAAAUUCCCAUUGGAUAUUGUGUUGAGAAUCUAUGAUAUCAUUGUCACUCAAGGUAUGGAAUCAAUUUUGAAAUUUGCAGUUAAUCUCAUGGUCCUGAAUGAAACCAGUUUAUUGAAUUUAUCGUUUGACAAGUUGUUGGAAUUUUUAAAGGAUAAAUUAUUUAAUAUUUACAUCGAUGAUGCAUUUAUCAAGGACGAGUUGGCUUCUCCUGGUUCGGCUAAGAAGACUAGAUUUUCCUUGUCUAGAAGAGCAAGUAAUAUGAGUGGUAUGUCAAAUCCCUCGUCAUAUUAUAAAUUAGAUUCUUUAGUUGAAGACUCCAUGAAGAUAAAUCUUGAUCCUGUUGAGUUAACCAAAUACGAAAAGGAAUUUGAAAGUAUUUAUAACAAAGAGCGUGCCAAGGUUGAUGAUAUCAAAUCAAUGAAAUUAUCCAAUGGUAAUUUACGUAACAAGAUCAAAACAUUACAAACUCAAUACACUGACUUGAAUAAGAAUCACAUUGAUAUUGUACAAAAAAUGAUUGAUUUGAAAAUAACAUUACCAGAACUACUCAAUGAAAAUGAUGAAUUAUCUCAAUCAAUAGACAAACUAACUAAAGAUAUUGAAGAAUUGGAAAAUAAAAGACAGGAAAAGAGCAAUGACGGGGAUACAGAACACCAUCAAGAAGUAUUGCCAACGUCAAUUGAAGACGAAAUUCAAAAAUUGUUGAUUAUAAAUGCAGAAAAGGUUGAAAAAUCCGUUCUUUUAGAAGAUGAGUUGAGUCAAUUAUUAGAAGAAGAAGAACAAUUGAAUAAAGAAUUGAAAAGCCUUAAUAGAAAUAGUAAAUGGUUUAAUUGGAAUUAA